AUGCAGCCCACUCAGGACAAUGAAAGCAAUCCGAAUGAUCGGCCAGGGACUCCACCGCGCCCGCCUUAUUCCCCAGUAACUCCGGUCUUCGCUCAUCUGGCCCCAGUCCAGAACGCCUCCGCGUCCAACGGUGCGCCAUCACAUCCCAUUAUUCCCCCGGCCUCGUCGCCGUCGCCAACGAGUCGCAUUGGCGGUACAGCAGCCUCGCUGCCUACGACACCGGCCGUCUUUGCGCCGGAGCCCGCUGCUGUGCCAAUCUCGGAAAGCGAGAACCCCGAUGCGAUCGCGUUGCGGUCCACCAUUUCGAUACUACAGCUUCAGAAGCAGCAAAGUCUGCGCGAUAUACGGACACUGGAGCGACUGAAGCAAGCGGCGGCAGCCGAUCCUGAGGGACCCGGGAGGUUCGUGAACUUCACGCAUGACGAGGAGGAGGACGACGAUGAUGAUGAUAAGAUGGCGGAUUCGAAAGAAGGGGGUGCGUCGGGCCUGGGGACCAUACCUACACCACAAAACGUGGUACGCAUGCCACCGAUCAACUGGAACAAGUAUCAGAUCGUGGGCGAGCCGCUGGAUCGGAUGCACGAGGAUCAACGACGACGUCCGUCUCCUGGGGAGGCUAGACGAGAGGAACCUGCGCAGCGGGCGCCGGAGCAUGUUCUUGCGUCACCGUACCGACCAUUAGUAGAUAAACUAGAGAACCCAGACAAAGUAAGAGGAGCCAACAGGAACAAGAAGACAUAA